GCCCGGACCGGGACCCUCACAUUACGUAACGCAACACGCACAGUACGGCGCACAAACAAUGUGAUUUUAUUUUCUUGAAUUUUUCUACUGUUUCGAUUAUACAAAUUUUAGGAUUAGUAUCGUGAUAUUUAGUUAAGUGUCGCGCGACUUUAAUUUCGCUAUCGUUUUAGAUGUCUAGUGUAGAAUAAUGUUUGAUACAACUUGCAACUGCAGUUUUGUUUUGGUGAAAAUCUAUCGUGAAUUGCGCAAUUUAUAAUAACCAUGGACGAGAAGAUUGAAAGUCGUCGACGAGUGAAUCUUGAACUUGGGAUCUCGGAGACAAGGCAGUGACUUGUGUGAAAUCGGUCGAUCGGUUUUGAAAACUUUCUAAAAUUUUUGUAAAUCAAUAACGCAUAAUUAAAAUAGAGACAAUACGUAGAAAAAAUGAAGACGUUCUUAAUGAGGAAACAGAAAUAUAAAUUAUGAAAAUUGAUUAAAAUUUUCAUAGUGUACUCUUAGUACCUUCAGCAGUUCUUCCUCAUUACACAACAUGACGAUGGAACGUGAGCGCGGGGAGCGCGACUACAUCGGGUUCGCGACACUGCCGGAGCAAGUUCACCGCAAGUCGGUGAAGCGAGGCUUCGACUUCACGCUCAUGGUGGUCGGCGAGUCAGGGCUCGGCAAGUCCACGCUGAUCAACAGCCUCUUCCUAGGAGACCUGUACAAGGGUCGGAAAAUACCUGACGUCCAAGAUAGGAUAGAGAAAACCACAUCUAUAGAAAAGAAAACAAUGGAAAUAGAAGAGCGAGGCGUUAAGUUGCGUCUGACUAUAGUCGACACGCCAGGCUUCGGAGACGCCAUUAACUGCGAAGACUCGUGGAGAACUUGCUCGGGGUACAUUGACGAGCAGUUUCGGCAAUACUUCACAGAUGAGAGCGGGCUCAACCGCCGACACAUGCAGGACAAUAGAGUGCAUUGUUGCUUAUACUUCGUUCCACCAUGGGCUCACAGUGUAAGGCAGGUGGAUUUGGAGAUGAUGAGACGACUACACCGCAAAGUGAACAUCGUGGUGGUGAUAGCGAAAGCAGAUUCGUUGACGGCGGCAGAAGUCAAGCGGCUUAAAGCGAGGAUACUGGCUGACCUCGAGGAUCAUCAGAUACAGGUGUACCAGUUCCCGGAGUGCGACAGCGACGAAGACGAGGAGUUCAAGCAGCAGGACCGCGAACUGAAGGCCGCGGCGCCGUUCGCGGUCGUAGCGGCCGACACCGUGCUCGAGGUGGGCGGCAAGCGCGUGCGCGGCCGCCAGUACCCCUGGGGCAUCGUGGACGUGGAGAACCCUCGGCACUCGGACUUCACGAAGCUCCGCACGAUGCUGAUCUCCACCCACAUGCAGGACCUCAAGGACGUCACCCAGGACGUGCACUACGAGAACUUCCGCGCGCAGUGCAUCUCUCAGAUAUCGCAGCACGCCAUGCGGGAGCGCGGGAAACUGAAGAGGGAUUCGAUGGGCAACAAUAGCGAGGUAGUUAUUACGGACACCGACAGACUGCUACUGCAGAAGGAUGAAGAGAUAAGGCGAAUGCAAGACAUGCUCACUCAGAUGCAAGAGAAACUCAAAGCUUCCGACAAGAAACACGACAGUAUUAUAGAUGUAUAAAUUAUAGACUGCAAAUGUACCUCUAGCGUAGUGUUACAAUUAAUCUAUUUCACUUAUGUUCUAGUAAAAAUAUUAAGAACCUC